AUCAGUCGGACCUGUUGGACGUGCCGCUCGUGAAACUGGAGAAAGUAAGAACCGUGGUCGAAGCAAAAUCGCGCCAAACUAACUCGGAAGCGAUUGGUUAGUUGUGAAAAUCGUAUCCUGGUAAACAACGGUUGAUAUUUGUUUUCAUUUCGUUUUUCGUUGUUUUGGCCGUGAAAUACGUGAAUGAAAUCAACGGGGUGGUUUUGUGUUCAAUCAACAAGUGGCCAUAUUUUGAAAUGUACAUAUAAGUGUGAUUCGAAGCUUCUGUUCGUGGGGGUGGUAGUUUUUUCCGGGGGUUUCAUGUGCUGAAUUUUCCACCGGACAGAAGAGACAACGGAGAAGAAACAAAUGAUUUCUGUCUCAUCGAAGAGAUAGACGGUCCGUUAUGGAAUGCAAAAAUAAUAAUCAAGUGUGAAUGAGUGUUUCGUGCUGUGGUGGUCUCAAAUUUGCAAUUAUAUUAAUAGGAGAUAAUUUCCGCCGCACCUCGCCGGAAAUAGCGUAUUGGUUUCGUUUAGAGUUCGGUGACGCAGCGGUUGGCGACUAUAGCGACCAUAGGAUAAUUAAGGAAGUGACGCCUCGUCAAGCAAUCGGGUCGAUCUAUCGGAUUCGCGCAGCAUCGAGUCUAUUUUUUCAUUCAAUCGACAGUGGCAGUAGGAGAUAUGGGAAAAGGACGCAGUAGAUGGAUAUCUUAAUUAAAACAACCGCCUUUGCAUUUCUCGUUCUGCUCGGAAUGAAACAGCAAUUGCUAGCCUACAAUGUGAAUGAGCUUCAAAUAAAUGCAGUUCGAUUCAGCAGCUUCUCGGACUCUCUGCAGCUGAACAUUUCCUGGGAAUCAACACUCGAGGAGAGUUCUCUCUACCAAGUGUCGGUACAUCAUGUAGCCACUCCAAACUGCUCGAUCGAGAAUGCACCGUUCGACAACCAGCGGGACAUCAAAUGUGCACCAAUUGUUACGGAGACGGAGCAAACAUCGGUGUUGGUACCAAGGGAUCCACACACACUGACUAAACAUGAGUGCAUCAUUUUGGCUCUCUGCACGUACGAAGUGCGAGUGAAACCAUUGGACUACAUCAAAACAAUUUCCGGAAUUUUCCAGGUACCUGAAUGUGUUGACCAGGUUUGCUCAUGUCAUUACGAGCGCAAUCUGCCCAAUAUCAGUACCGAAGCCUAUGUUACGGAGAAUCAGCUGACGAUCGGAUGGAUCAUCGGAGAUUAUGCCAAGGCGGAGCUGCCGGAGGACGUCGACCUAAGUCACAUGGUCGUAACGAUUCGCCGUGGCCUGAACGAGGAUCUGGUUUGGGGUGGCUCGGAGAGCAGCAAAAAGUCCGUUACACUGCCCGCCGACCCAACCGGAAGCUACACAUUCAAUGUGACGGAUUUUCCGGGAAAUAAAACCAUCUUCCUGGUGCAUGUGCGGUUGUACGACAGCCGGAGGUGCUACGUAGAAGCUGCGCCCAGACGAGGUACUCUGAUGAUGAUGGUUUGGGGUGGCUCGGAGAGCAGCAAAAAGUCCGUUACACUGCCCGCCGACCCAACCGGAAGCUACACAUUCAAUGUGACGGAUUUUCCGGGAAAUAAAACCAUCUUCCUGGUGCAUGUGCGGUUGUACGACAGCCGGAGGUGCUACGUAGAAGCUGCGCCCAGACGAGUGUUCAUACCGAAUGAUGUGUUUAAGAACACAAAUCAAACGGUUUCAGAAUGUGCUGAGGAUGGCAGCUGUUUGUGCCAGCACAUGAAACACUUAAACAACAUUCGCGUUUUCACUAAAAUAGAAGGUCGUAAAAUGGCCGUUAGUUGGAACGUGACGAAUCAACCACGACAUCCUACGAUUGGACAGGAACUGGAUUUGCGGCUCGUACGGCUCGUACUGGAGUCUCGUGAACAGCGAAUCAUUUUGGAAAAAACAUUUCUAUGGAACAGCCUUCGAACAGUAAUCGAUUUGAGCCGGCAUGAUUUGGUUGGCCGCGAGUUAACGUUGAAAACGACUGUUGUGGAUGGGAAUGGGUGCGAAAAGAAUAUCUCCGUUAUAAGUGUGCUUUCACCCGAUAUUGGAGCUUCUCAGUACAUCAUUUUCGUACUCCUGGCAGCAUGCGUCGUGGGUGGCUUGGUUUGGUUUGGAUGUUUUCUUCAACGCAGAAUCAAAACACAACGCGUGGCGCAGAAUCGAAGAGAAGUCUAUGUUACAACAUGCGCUGACCGACAUCACCCCACGAUUCAGAUGGAGGAAAACCGUUUGUAUACUGACAUGGAUAUAUUGGAAGCUCGAGCCAAGGGCGAUGCGGACAUGCUUGAAGUGCCCCAUGCCUGCCUUCGUAUCGGACGGGAAAUUGGCAAAGGCGCCUUUGGGCGUGUGUUCAUGGCAAGUGCCAGUAAACUACCCGGCUACAACGGAACCGUGAUUGUGGCAGUAAAGCAACUGAAAAAGUGCCCCAAAGCUGAUAAAUUCGACGAAUUCCAGGACGAGAUUGCGAUGAUGAAACGAGUUGGCCGACAUCCGAACAUUGUUACUCUGCUUGGGUGCUGCACAAUCAAGGAACCGCUGACGAUGAUCAUGGAGUACAUCGGAUGCGGGGAUUUGCUGGAAUAUCUACGUAGGAUUCGCGCAAAACAUUUAGCUAAAAUUGCCAACCAUGAUACCGCCAACCCGACACAAUCGGAUACCCUUAGUCUACAGCGUUCGUGUUCUAAUCAGUCCAGCAACACUGUUUUCGGGCCAAUGAUAAAGUAUAUGGAUAUUUUACACACUUCGAGCUCGAACUCGGAUACGUCUUACAUUACGCAACCGGAUACUGUGCUAAGACCGUCUAUAACAGAAACAACCUACACAACUCUCAGCGGCAGUACUGGACAGGAGAAUGCUUCAAGGGAAUCGUCUUCGAUUGAGUAUGUCCUCGACCACAAAGAGCUGCACGACUUUGCCCGGCAAAUUGCAUGCGGGAUGCAGCAUCUGGAGGAAAAACAAAUCACUCAUAGAGACUUAGCUGCUCGUAAUAUUCUGAUCGAUGAACGGAAAACGUUGAAGAUAUCCGAUUUUGGGUUAUCACGAACAGGCAUUUACGUCAACACCAGGAAUAAGAAGGUCCCGCUUCGCUGGCUGUCAAUUGAAGCAAUGCGUGACAAUUUAUACUCCAGCAAAAGCGACGUAUGGGCAUUCGGAAUUGUUCUCUGGGAAAUAGGAACGCUCGGAGGCUACCCAUACCCCACUGUCAGCAACCACGAACUGUUGACGUACCUGAACAACGGCAGCCGGCUCGAUCGGCCGGAAAUAUGCACCACCGAACUGUACGAGCUGAUGCUGAACUGCUGGAAAUCCGAUCCGGAUGACCGUCCAUCAUUUCAUCAAAUCAACAAAUCGCUGCAACCCCAUCGGCGAAUUUACAUAGAUUUCAAUGAAAUCGAACCAACCUACGUAUUUCCACCGACAUCGGAGCAGAUUAGACAAACCGUCAUUAACAAUAAGUAAAUGUGCCAAACGGAUCAAAGGUUUCAUCUUUGAACUAGACGAUAGAUGAGCUUAAGCGAUGUCGAUAUUUAAUUACACUGGACUGUUCCAGUUACGUGUUUGACCUUACCCAGCGUAUUUCCACCGUACGUAUUUCCACCGACAUCGGAGCAGAUUAGACAAACCGUCAUUAACAAUAAGUAAAUGUGCCAAACGGAUCAAAGGUUUCAUCUUUGAACUAGACGAUAGAUGAGCUUAAGCGAUGUCGAUAUUUAAUUACACUGGACUGUUCCAGUUACGUGUUUGACCUUACCCAGCGUUAGUGAAAUGUUUUACCUUAUACCGCCCAGGGCAUCAGAUGUCACGGAAGAAAUUCUCCGUAGUGGAUAUACAUGUCAUUGCUGUCCAAUAAGUGUAGAUAUAUGUUAUUAAA